AUGGAGGUAAUACUCCAGAUACUGGGCAGUCCCAUACGUCUCAAUGGAGCAGUCAGAGACGAUGGGACGGCCCGGUGGGAUCUGGAAUGGGAUGGUCCAUUUCUGAGGCUCUUUGUGGAUCUUGGGCUCCUCCUUCCCUCUCAGGUCCGCUCUGAUCAGGAAAGGCAUUUCUGGGGGAAGGAGUUCUUGUGGAGGGGACCACUCCGAGGUCCCUCUGAACGGCCUGGACUGGGACGUGUCUCCACUAUUUUUGAAAUGGAGUUGCUUCGGCCGUGGGUCUGGUCCAGUGAACAUUGUCUGCCUUUGUGGCAAAGGUUCUUGGAGAAGUUAAUUGAGGGGAUCCAGACCUCUGCAUAA